AUGACAUCCAGUCCUUCAAGUUUCGGUAAUGUUAGUUGGGGUGAAGAUUCAGGUGACAAAUAUCUUGGGUAUCGUAGAUCUCUCAAGGACGAAGCUAUCGUGAAACUCCUACAACAAAUGGCAAAAGGCAAAUCCGUACAAUCCAAACACACCGCUGAAGAAACUUACUUGUUUGAUGAUCAUCCCGCCAUUGUUCUUGAACCAUGUCUCCGAGACGAAACCGAGUAUUACCUGAUUUACACUACUUUGCCCAAUGGAAUUGUCGAAAAUCGGAUAGUAGAUGGAGAUGGUGGCAUCUGGGAGACAACCAUUCUACCGCGGGCCAUAACUGAAUAUGGUCGUGGCAUCGGAAAACGUCAAGCAUUCAUGUACAAACCGAGUCACUGUAGUACGAGUAGUUGGAGGAUGGUGAUGUACAGCCUUGACUUUGGUGAUAGGUCAGACCAUGUCAUCUGCAAGGUGUUUGAAGCUCUAGAUUCCGAGACUGCAAAAGCGGUAAGGGCGGCUGCAGAAGCAGAGGCCUACAAGAUUAAACUUUGGCAGCUUCGUGCAGCAGCUCAGGCUGAAGCCCAGACUUCAAAGAAAAGGUUAAAAGACUUGCGGAAGGAGAUAGAGGAGGCAGAGGAGAAUGCUACUAAUUUAGUGGCUGCACGGAAGGAGGUUGCCCGUAAAGGUUUAAUCGAGUUGCGGCAGAUCCGUGCUUCUGGUAACAAUGAAAACAAGUAGGUUGUAGAUGUUUAAAUCAAGUCUCAUUGGAAUGGUGCAAAAUCAAAACAUUAACAUGGAUAUUAGUAUGAAAAUUUGUAAUGAACUAAAGGAAAAUCAUCUUGUUCCCUCAUCCCCUUCUCCCCAAUGUCCCCAAUGUACCUUUGUUAUUCUGCCCAUUUUCCUUGACCUUUGUGGGUGAUUUAAGGGGAAAUUGUAGGUUGGGGUUGGGGGGUUGUCAACUAUCAUGUUCUCAUUCUAACCGGUAUAGAUCAUGCUCUUUCAUUUGGAAUUGUACAUUGUCUUUUCAUUUCGUUCUUCAUGUUAGGAGAAUG